GUAUCCGGUUGUCGUGGUCAUUGGCUGUCAUGAUGGUUCCUGUCGGGAUGUUAGAGCGGUGUAACCCUGCUGUUUUUGACUGCCUUAAUGAAUGUUAACGCCAUUAAUAUCGCUGCCGUCUGAUCGUGCUUUCACGUAACGGCACUGUGAUCAACUCGGACGCACGCGUUAACCAUCAACGAGAACCGUGACUGCCCGAAGUGCUCGGUAGCUUCGUGCUUGUGAGGCUCUCUUGUGAAGAGGCUGAGCCGAUCGUGAACUGUCUGUGCGAAAAUGCCUCAAUCGUUGAAUCAGUAUCUAUCAUCUCUACUCGCAAAGUACCAUUAUCCAGAUCAGGCCAAGAAGGACAUCACAAAUGCACUCCAGCAUUACCGGAACCUCUCCCCGACUACCUCACAGUUUGUCUUCAACGAUGGCAUUAAAAAGGAGCUGUUCUGCCUGGACGGCACCAUCCCGGUGAACUACAAAGGCACGACGUACAACAUACCGAUCUGCAUCUGGCUGCUGGACACGCACCCGUACAACUCGCCCAUGUGCUAUGUCAAGCCCACUAGCUACAUGCAGAUAAAGGUGUCCAGGCACGUCGACCAGACGGGUCGCGUCUUCCUGCCCUACCUGCAUGAGUGGAACCCGAGCUCGUCAGACCUGCUGGGCCUCAUCCAGGUGAUGAUCAUCGUAUUUGGCGAGACACCACCCGUCUUCUCAAAGCCCCAGGAGGAUGGUUCACCUGCCUACCUUGGAGCCAGGAACACUGCCGCAGGCGGAGGCUUCUUCCGUCCCACGACGGGGGUGAUGCCACCGGCCGUGGGGGGCCAGCCUCCGUACCCAACAUCGGGGACUGCCAUGCCUCCUUAUCCCCCAGGAGGAGCCACCAGCAUGCCUGCACCAUGGACACCGUACCCAGCACCAGCCAGUGGCACUGCAUCAGCCUCGGCGAACACGGUGGGCGGAGGCGGUAUGCCCACGUACCCCAUCUUCCCCCCGGUGGCAUCUGGCGCAGCACCGUACCCACCCUACCCAACGUCGGGCCCCACCACAGCCAACACAGGAUACCCAUACCCACCAGCCAGCACUACAAGCACGUCUGUUGGUGCAGCCAGUGUCUCCCAGACCGGCACCAUCACCCAGGAGCACAUCCGGGCCUCUCUGCUCACGGCCGUCGAGGAGAAGGUGAAGGCCCGUCUCAAGGAGGCCCUCUCUGGAGCUCAGGCGGAGAUGGACGUGCUGAAGCGCACUCACGAUGAGCUGACGCAGGGCAAGACGAAGCUGGAUGACAUGAUCAACCGCAUGGACAGAGAACAGGCGGAGCUGGAGGCAAACCUUCAGAACCUCCGUGAGCGCAAUGAAGAGCUGAAGGAGCUCAUCCGCAAAAUGGAGAAUCAAGGAAGCAUCAACGUCGACGAAGCGGUCAUCACCACUGCACCUCUCUACAAGCAGCUUGUCAAUGCCUUUGCAGAGGAGAAUGCCACGGAGGAUGCAAUCUACUACUUGGGCGAGGCACUUCGCAAGGGUGUCAUUGACCUGGAUGUGUUCCUGAAGCACAUUCGAGAGCUGUCAAGAAAGCAGUUCCUGCUGCGAGCCCUGAUGCAGAAGUGCCGUGAAAAGGCCCAACUUCCAUAAGUCAACAAUUGCCCCCGACGGUCUCACAACUUGAAGGCACGGAACGGGCAUCAAGUCUGGAGUCCUACAGCACAAAGGUGUCUACGGCUGGAACAGCAUUGCAAGCACCCCGUCAUGCCCGUGUGGACUGUACGAAGCGCACUAGAGAAAAAUCUGGUGCUUGUGUCUACAUAUGUUACCCAUGUGGUUCUUCAGCCUUCACGGAGGUUAUGGGCAGUGUAUGAAUUUGCAUAAACUUCAUGCAUGUGAUUUUCAAAUGAC